AGGGGCCGGGCCAGCCGCGGGGAGCGGCCCGCCCGCUCGGGCCCGGAGUCUCGGCCGUGCCGGCGCUGCCGCCGAGCGCAGCGUUGCUUCCUCCUUCCCGUCCCUUUCCUUCGCCGGGGCCGGCGCCAUGGCCGGGGGCGCUGGGCCUGCCGCUCCCUGACACCCGCCCGCCCGCGGAGGCUGCUGCGAGCGGGGCUCCUCCGGGCAUCGGAAGGGAAAGUGAAGAAUUGCCCUUGCCCCGGGCCGAGCUGCCCCGUUCUCCUGGAGCCCGGGAAGGAAGGACUGCGAAGGGAACCUCUGGACGUUUCAUGUUUCGUCAGCCCGGCAGAAUUUUGGCUUUGAUUCCGUCUUGUUCGUACCUGUUCCUGGAGAAGAGGCACCGUCCCGCCAUGUCUCGCUACAGCCUCCACAACCUUCUGGACUGGAUGUAUGGGGGGGUGGACCCCAGCUUUGCCGGCAAUGGAGGGCCGGAAUGCGCUGCCUUUCUCUCGGGGAAGCAGCGCUUGCUGGAGAGUUUGGUCUUCCUCAGCGUAGGCAUCGUGGAGAUCCUGCUGUCCUUGGGGAAGCUCAGGCAUCUGCACCUCAGGGAGCUGGAGAAUCUGCUGCAGCAGCCCCAGACUAAGCAGGAGAGUUUGGGCAAGAACGUGCUGCUGGUGCUGCUCUGCCUCAUCUUUGGGCUGGAGGUGGGGUUCAAGUUUGCCACCAGGACUGUCAUUUACCUCCUGAAUCCCUGCCAUGUGGUCACCAUGAUGCAGAUUUUUCUUCUCGCCUGUCCCCCAUGUCGGACUGCAAUGAUUCUCUUCAGGUUGCAGAUGCAUAUGCUGAACGGGGCCCUGUUGGCAUUGCUGUUUCCUGUUGUUAAUACACGCCUGCUCCCAUUUGAAAUGGAAAUUUAUUAUAUCCAACAUGUGAUGCUUUACGUUGUGCCCAUCUAUCUGCUGCAGAAAGGAGGUAUCUACACUCCAGAGCCACUCUGCAAUUUCUGGUGGGCUCUUUUAUCCACGGGGUUUAUGUUUGUGUAUCACUUUAGCAUCUUGCAGAUUCUGGGACUGGUUACAGAAGUGAAUUUGAACAACAUGUUGUGCCCGGCCGUCUCAGAUCCUUUUUACGGGCCCUGGUAUCGAAUCUGGGCAUGUGGACAUCAGACACUCAUGACCAUGACCCACGGGAAGCUUGUAAUCCUGCUGUUUUACAGUGCUGUCCCCAUCUUUAAAUGUAGCAUGGACUUGCUCAGACUCCCAGCUAAGAAAAUAGACUGAAAUCUCUCCCCGUGGAGUCGCACGUGCAGGAAGCAGAGACACCUAUACUGGAACACCAGGAGGAGGGAUGAGAGGACAACGGCUUUAUACUUCUCCCCACAGUUUAUUGCCUCAGAAACACCUUUGUAAUCAAGUGAGGGGUUUUUUUACCUACUGUUUCUCACUGCCUAUUGCCAAUGGCAAAAUUAGUGGCCUUAUUCUGGGAAAGGUUUGUGUUUUAUACAUUUUGUAUAGAUUACAGUAGAAUCUUGCUAAGCCACCAUUUCAAAUUAGGCCAGGACCUGUCCACAUUCCAGCCAAGAGAGUGGCAGUGCUACCUUGUUUUGACUUAUUUUCCAUUAAAUAGAAGUACAGUUAUAUCAUGGGUAGGAAAUAAUGCUGCAUUGCAGCACUCCACUGAUGUGAACAAACACAUGUUGAACCACAUCAUCCUGGAUUAACUCUUAGAACCUGAAUAUUCCAAAACAGCCACAGGAAACAAUGUUAAUCUCCCAGUUGUAAGUGCAAAGGAGUGAGGUUCUACUGUACUUUCUUUAAGCUGGUUGAAAAUGUUGGGGAACAAUAACUCAUUCAAACAAUACUUUCUUUUUUGGUUUGUUUUUUUAAAUCAGCUACUUAAUUCUUAAGUUGCUGUGGAUAAAUAUCCAUCUAGUGAAGUCCCAUCAUAUCUUGAUGCUUUGGAGAUGCUUUUAUUUGGGUGAAUGGAAAAAAAUCAUGUUGAAAUAAUUUCAAAAGACCAUGUUAUGUAUAAGCCAUGAUAAGAUAUUGCAUCCACUCUUCGGUCCAGACUUUGAACAAAAUUUUUUUUCACUUAGCUUAAAUUGGAGGAGUGGAGAUACAAAGUCCAUUGUAAAGAUCAGAGUUCUCUUUUUUUUUUUUUUUUUUUUUUUUUUUUACUUAGUAGCUUUUGAAACAUUCCUGCUCUGUCUACACUGCUCCUCGCUGAGCAGACUGGUUAAAAAAGGAACAAAUUGAAACUGUUCUCUCCCUACAGCUCUUUUACAUUUUGUGUACCGAUUUCAAAAUACAGGUACAAACAGGAAUGUCAAAUCAGUGCAGGCCUCUACUGAAAAGAACAUGUUCCAGUUUACUGGUAGGAAUAAAUCUGUCACCAUGUCUUUUGGAGAACAGGAUGUAGAUGGGCAGAAUGAUAAACAGUGAAGUGUGUACCUGUUCAGAUUUUGCAAGGCUAGAGGAGAAGCUGUUGGGCAGAAAGAUGGGAAAUCCUGAGUGUGUUCUUCCAGAACUGUGAGUCUCUCACAGGCUGCUGGGUUUCGGGGCUGCAGGUUUUUGUUGCACAGAAGUUUGUUGCAAUUUAUAGAUUCAUUGUGUUAUCAAAGCUGUGACUUGUAAGAUAAACCAAAACCAUCAUACCUCCUUCAGCUGGAUCACCUGAAGGGAUGUUCUGAAGUUAGGGUACAGUCAUUUAUACCUCAGGAGGGAAAAGUAAGAACAAGAAGUGGUUGAUUUUGGGUUUUUUGUCUGUUUGUUUUCCUUAAAAAAGAAAAAUUUUCAUUGGCGAGGGAAGAAGUGGCUACUUCAAAUAUUUUUAUUCUGUAUGAUUAAAAAAAGUACACCUCAAUCAGAAAUAUAUUGUCCCACAUUCUGAUUUACAGACUAGUUUCUGGUUUUCUUCCAUGCCUUGCCCUGUGUAUGUGUACAUAUAUAUAUAUGUACAUACAUACAAAAGAAUAGAUAUAUGUAUGCUUACAAUUUGAGAACAUGCAGCAUAUACCUGAACUAUCCCUCAGGCAUAUACAGCUGGUGUGAGUUACACAGACUGUGUGGCUCCUCGUGUUUUUAAUUAGAAUUCAACUCAGAAGACAAGCACCUGAUUUAACACAGAGUUCACUGUCAGUCAGUGUUGGUACCUGAUGAAUUCCACUGCAGACUCUCCCUGCUGCCUCAGGAAAGCUGGGAAUAUCUUCCUGAAGCAUUUGUGGAGCGGGGCAUAAAGAAAGAAUGUGUUGGCAUUGAAGGCCUGAAUCCAUCUGUGGAAGACCACUGGAUGAGCUGCUGAAGGGAUGGAAGUUCUUGCUGGUUGUUUCAGCAGAUUCAGUCUUUUGUGAUGAAACACAGGACAUUGCUGGGAGAUGCCAAUGCUGGAUGCUAAAGCCUGUCCCUUAUUAAUAUACUCCAUCCCCUGUGCAGUGCUGAGCAAAAUAGUAAUUCUUCCCAACCUGUAGCUACUGUCAACUACCAAUCAUGGUUUAUUUUACUUCAGAAUUUGGCAAAAUGCCUUAUGUUGGAUUCGAUUCUGUUUAGAAGGAAUAUUUGGUAUUACAAUAGAAUGAUUUUAGCCAAAUUUUGCCAAAUACUAUUUAGCAUUAUUAUUUGCUUAACUUAAAGUUUUUUGUUUUUUAAAAAAAUCUUUCCUGUUUUUUGAAGAAUCUUUCCUUUUUUUCCGCUCAGAAUAUUGUAGUUACUAGAAACAUUUCUAUAGGUAGCAGUCUUUUAUUUUUUUUUCUUUUUUAAACUAUAGCAUUUCCUAUUUAUAGUCAUAUGCUUCAGGGCAUUCCAAACAAGUAUAAACCAGCUGCUGUUUGCCACCAUUGACUGCCUCUGGUCAAUUAAAACUGCAGGAGCAUUUAAAUGAGCUCAGGUGUCUCACUCAGUGCAGGCUCUUAGCUUGGAAUGCAAAAUUUGUGAGCUCUUCUGGCUGACUUAAAAUUCAGUAGGAGGAAUGGCAGAGCUGACAUGAGGGAAAUCCCUGGGCAGUGUGGCUGAAGGGAUUCCUGGGGCAGUUGUACCUCUUGCACCACUGGCUGUGACAGCAGAGCCACUGAGUGGUCACUGCUGCCCUCCUUCCCACCCUGGAUCAGAGCUGGCUGGUGGUCUCUGGGCUGACUUGUGCUUUUCCCUGUUAUGCUGG